AUUGCGGCCUUCUUUUAGUUUGAUCUUGUUAGUUGUUAGCAUACUCCAGCUUCUAUGCAAAUCAUGGAUGUUAAUUCCUUGCUAUGGCUAUGGAUGUGUGUUCUUUUGGAACCUUUAAUAACUUCAAUCAUUUCUUAGGAAGAUGAAAAGGUGGAGGGUUCCUAUCAUGGUUGGAGGAGAGGUGUUAGGUCACUAGCAAGGGACAUUGGGGUAGCUCGAUCGUUUUAGAACUCACUAUUGAAGUGUCUACGAUCUCCUUUAGUUCUUAACACACUCAAACAUCAUAGAUCGAGUAUGAUAUGAUGGCAAUUGGUAUAGAAUGGGAGAUCUCCCUCUAGAUUGUCAGUCGAUCCAUUUGUGUUUUUCAAAUUAUUUUGACGGUAUCUUCAGAAUUAGUUGCUUAGAAGAAUUAAUCUUAAUUGGUUAGAAUUUAAUUGGUGAGAUCGUUAGAAGAAUUAAUCGGUUAGAAUUUACUUGGUGAAUCUGAAUUAAAAAAAUAUAAUGUCCAAAUAAAUAAACACAAAAAAAAUGGCUAAAAAUAUUGCAAAAGAACAUUUUUUUUUCCCAUCUGACUUCUGCUUCGUUUCUCGGAUCUGAAAAGGUAACACUCGACAAGAAAAAUACCUUUUUCCCUUCGUCUGCCACAUAAAAAUCCCACCUUUUUUCGUCUCCACCACCGGAUCAGCCGUCUCACCAUGGCCGCCGGCGAGGAAAUGAAGAAGAAGCAGAAGCACGAGGAGACGAUGAAGCACAAGGGAGCGGAAGGUCACUUCAAGGCGAGCGGCGACGUGAAGGGCAUCCGCUUCGGGGGGCAGUUCGUGGUGAAGUCGUUCACGGUCCGGCAGGCAGCGCCUCUGGAACUGCUACGGCUGCUGGACAUCCCGCCGACGUGCCUGACGCAGUGGCCUGGCCUGCCGUUCCCGUCGACCGCCGCCUUCCUGCCGACCAACUUCACCGUCCUGGCGCAGCACGCGUGGCGCACGCUCACGCUCGGCCUCGGCACCAGGAAGUCCAAGGUCGUGAUCUUCGUGUUCGAGAGCGAGGCGAUGCGGGCGGCGGUGGACCCGCAGUGGCCACGCGUCCUGCCGCUCGGCGACGUCAACCGGCGCCUCAUCCGAGGCCUCGCCGGAUGCGAGAUGUCGCGGUUCAAGUUCCGGAAGGGCUGCCUCACCUUCUACGUCUACGCCGUGCGCCGCCUCGGCGCCGCCGGGUUCGGCUGCGCCGAAGACCUCCGCAGAAUCCUCGAGGCCGUCGUCGCGCUCAAGAACUUCCUGGACCACACCGCCAUGCUCGCCCUCCCCAGCCACCGGAGCAUCACCUUCCAGAAUCCGGCGGCGGUGUCGCACUGAGAUCGCCAUCCAAGAUGAGAAAAUUUUCAGUAAAAAUGGUUCCUUUUUUGUUUGCUCCCUACGAAUUCUUCAAAAGCAACCUCGAUUCGAUUGCAUUGUACACCACCUGGCAAAAUCCGGCGUCGGCGUCGCUCUGAGAUCGCGAUCCAAGAUAUGAUUUUUUCUCUCUCUCUUUUAGUAAAAAUUGCUCCUUUUUUCUGUUCCUGCAUUCAAACGCAUAAAAUUUGAUUGCCCUGAACAAGAGAUCAAUCAAUUUCUGUCCAUCUAAUUGUUCAAAAAGAGAUCUUGCUUUGUUCUUCAAGCUGUAAAUUGUUAGAAAUCAUGUAAAAAGUCCGUUUCCCUUUAUUAUUUUGUUGUCAAAACAAACUCAAAUUAAAUAUUUAUCUUUUAGGUUGUCAUUUCAUUUAA